AUGGUGUUCCUGAGAUGGACUGUUCUGCUCCCAGCGCUUAUUUUCCUUCCUGGACCUUCCUCUGCAUUUUUUGGCUGGUUUAGUCGCAAGUUGUCAAGUCGUUCAUCUAGCGUCAAUACUGAGCCCACCCAAGCUCUGGAUCCCAAGUCCCUUCCCAGUGCCCAGUUUGAGAUGACGACAACUGAUGAGAAGUUCCUGGCAGAAGCAAAGCAGUUUGAGCUUUCCCCGCUAGACAGCUGCCAUUAUAAGGUUGUGAACCAGCUUAGAGCUUCUUGUACAGAGAUGUCCGAGGAGGAGAUAGCAAAGCUUGGGGUUUCCCUGUUCAACUGCCAGGCAGAGGUGGAGAAGCGCAAGACCUUUCCUUGUACUGAAGACAUGACGCUAGCAGAAUGUACAAGCUCCAUGGACCCAGAUACCUGGAACGCUUAUCAUAUAGUCAGUAACCGAGCACGCUCAGUGUGCUACGCAACACGCCAGCUUCACUUCAGGCGGAGCACUGAACUCACGGUCAACACACUGGUUUCAACUGCCAUGAGUCAACUGGAAGCCAUGCAGCUGCUUAAGGAUGGACAAGAGGAGCUUAAGGAGCUGACCUCAGAGUCCCUGCAGAAGGUCGUGAGCAGCCAAAAUGAGCUCCUAAACCAGCAGGAGCAACUACAGAACAACCAGGAGAAGAUGGAGACCUCAAUCAGUGGCAACUUAGAGAAGCUGGCAGAGGAAAAGGCCCUGAUUGCCAGCGGUCAUCAGCUAGUGGCCCAGCUCAUUGAAGGAAUCACACAGAAGAUGGAGAAUGUGAGCAGUCAGCUGGUGGAGCAGGACACUGAACUACAAAAGGGGCAUAAGGCCAUACUGGCUGACCUUUCUGAGGUCCGGAGCAGAUCUCAUGAAGUCUACUCUAAAAUAGAAUCCAACAUGGCUUUCUUCCUAUCGUACCAGAACCAAACUGCUCAGUACUACGAUGAGCUGAUGGUGAAGCUUCAGAGGAUGAACCACAGUCUGGGUAUGGUGCUGUACGCCAUGGACCAUAUGCACCGCAGUGUGGAGCAGCGGCUGGGUUAUAUCCAGGGGUUCAUAGACUGGGCAGGUGUGAACAUAAAUGCCAUUCACACGUGUGUUCUGCACGGCAGCUAUUUCCUGCUUCUCGCACUGCUUAUGACCUUUCUACAGACCCCUGGCUUGUCUCGUGCUGUGCUCCUCAUUUUGGUCUUGGUUAAUGGUGCCUCUGAGCUCAACCACCACAUAUCCCUGGGGUUUAGGGCCCUCACUGUGUUCCUGGUGUGUACGAUCAUUGCUAACUGGAUGCUGCUGAAUUUUAUCCGGUGCCUAGUGAAGAUCCGAAACAAGAAAAGCCUCACAGCUCUGCCCCCCGCUCGUCCUGCGCCAGCCCCCGUGUGCGAUAAAGCGAGUGAUGACUACAGCGUCUGCACCCCUGAGAGGGCCAGUGAGAUGUUGCUGCUGGAGGAAGAGCUGAAAAAGCUGGAGGAGAGCAGUUACUUACAAGAUGAUUCUGGUCUACAGAAUCUGUCUUUUAAAGAGGAUUCAAUUGUAGCUCCUAUUCAUCAUAUCAGGAGAAGUUUGCUGAAGACUCCCAGCCACUCAACCCCUGCAAUGAAGCUGCGGCGAUUAAGUAUAACCAACUCUCUGCGAGGUCACGAGACUCCGAUAAAGCAGGUGGACCUAGAUGAAGUUCCAAAGCGUCAUUUGGGGGCAGCAUUUGAUGCUCUGAAUGAUUUAAAGAGCUAUAGUCCUAACUCCUCCUUCUCCAGCAAUGUGUCUCUUGACUCAAGUUCUCCUCGACAGUUCUGCCAAGCAAUCACGAAAGCAGGUCAGCCGUGCCGGAACAAAGCCUGCAGAGGGGAGGAGUUCUGCAGAGUACACGCCUCGGGACAGGUGUCCUACACAGCAGCUUGA